CCUCGUCAGUUGAUCUUCGGCCGUGGACCCUCAAAGUGCCUUCCUAAAAGUGCGGGAUUAUUUAAUACCACCAAAAUAGCUCCUGCUUGCGGAAAUUUGGCGAAAAUAAUUAAGAUUUUUUUCCAAUUUUAUUUGAUAAAAAAUUUCCCCAACGUUCUAGAAGGUCAAUAGCAGUUGAGUGCUGCUGUCCUGUCCGGUCAAUCAUCGCUACAGAAAUAUUUUAACUGCUGUGUUCUGGUUUUCGGACUAGAGAUAUCAUGUUACCAUCUCGCUGCUGCGUUUGGAUGCUCAUGGUGAUAGUGCUGCUGAUCUGGGUGCGCCAUGGCGAUAGCUGGUCGGUGAGCAACAUAGACAAGUCGGCCGAAGAGCUUUACAAUCAGUUUUCUCGCUUGCGGAGUGAGAACCGAACGGACACCAACGACGCCCUGACGAUGGCCUUCCACGUCAAACAGGUGCUGGAUGCCCCCCCGACGAGCAGUGGACGUCUCAGCAAGGUGUGGCGGGCCAAGAUGGAGCAGGUGCGCGACAAAUGGCUGCCAGCCCGCCUCAAAGUCCUCCUCUGGAAGGAAACCGUCAUCAUCGAAAACGCCAAGAGCCCCAAAUAUUAUCUGUUCGGAUCGCCGACGGCCGUCUACUACACGUCAUGGAUCUACCGCUACUCGUUUCCCUGGACGCUGGAACCCGUCGACGAAGCGAGACGCUUCCGCAUAAAAGAUGGCCGGACCAAUCACUACAUGAGCGCCGUGACGGACGAGGAAUCUUAUUCCUGGCGACGACCCAUCGCCAUGAGACCGGACCCGUCCGGUUCGGCCGAAGAGUGGAGGAUCGAGCCGUACGGGGCCGACGGUUUCACCAUUCAAAGCGUCGCCUACGAGGAAUACCUUUACGCCUCGAAAUUCCUGGGACGCUAUAAAGGUUCGCUCUGGGACGUGUACACUUGGCGAGACAAGCGAGAUGGAAAAUUCACCGAAAGUGUAUGGACUUUCAGGUGACAAUCGGGCCAGUUAUCAGCAGUGGGAUACAUCAAUUGAGCCAGCACUUGAUUUUGUUAUAACCCCCAAAAAAUUUAAAGUAAGUUUCUCUACUGUUUAUAGCGGAAUGUAUCUUUGGAAGUGAGAAAAACAUUUUGAGAAAAGUAUCAAAGUCAACUGCUGUUGCUGCCAGAUUUCCGCUGCGAGGGCCAUUUUUUAGUAAAUAUCCUCUUUGUUGACGAUGUUAUUAUAUAUAUACAGUAUAUACAUAAACUGCUAUAGUAUCUGUAAAAAGAAGCACCGUGCGAGCUUUCAUAUUACUAUUUACCAAACGCCAUAAAUCUAUCCUUCGUUAUUCAAAUACAGCAAGGUUAUUUCAUAA